AUGGUGGAAAUACUCGAAGGAGUAAGGACGCGACCCUUAGAGAUUGAACAGAGCUAUAAGUUGGUACACAAGAAGAAGACAAAGUCAUUAGUUUUGGCUAUAGAAGAAGGAGUCCAUUGGUAUUAUGAUAUCAUGAAAUUCCUGGAAUUGGGUGUAUAUCUUGACGGUACUGAUAUGAGAGAGAGUCGUUCAGUUAGAAUGAUAGUGAUGCAAUACAUCCUAUGUGGAGGUCAGCUCUAUAGGAGAUCUUAUGAUGGUGUGCACCUUCGUUGCCUAAAGAAAGAAGAAGCUAAAAGAUUCAUGAAAGAAGUCCAUCGAGGGAUUUGUGGUCCUCACAUGAAUGGGAGAAUGUUGGCCAAAAAGGUCUUAAGGAUGGGAUACUAUUGGAAUAAAAUGGAGAUCGAUUGUGUGGACUUUGUGAAGAGUUGCCAUGAUUUCCAGACACAUGCAAACUUGAACCAUGUGCUAGCUAGUGAGCUAUACAGCAUGAUUUCUCCAUGA